AUGGGAGCCAGCAUGUUCGACUACUGUAGCUUCACGCAUCAGUUCAUGCUCAACUACGAGGAGACGAGGAACGUCGCCAUCGGGCACGCCGUCAGCUCCGGCGACAUCUCUGCUGGGGGGCACCUCUGGAGGGUCAAAUGCUACCCGCGUGGGGAUAAAGAAGAGACCAAGGGCGAGUACCUGUCCAUCUACCUCCAUCAUCUGAGCGAAUCCAAAGACGCCAUAGCUAUCUUUAAGAUGGACAGAGACGGUGCUCCGUCCUCGUACCAUAGAAACAGGAGCGCGCGUAUCUACGCAUCAGAGGAUAAUUGGGGUUGGCGAAAGUUCGUGAACCGAAGCCUCCUCGAGUCGCUGUACGUGACGGAUGGAUCCUUCGUCGUCAUGUGUGUAGUCAAGGUCGUGCCUGACAACCCCUUAGAAGACGACCCGCCCUCCGACAUGCGGAGCCACCUUGGCGCCCUGCUGGAUUCCGGGGACGGCUCCGACGUGUCGUUCGUCGUCGACGGCGAGGAGUUCCGCGCCCAUCGGGCGGUGCUCGCCGCCCGCUCGCCGGUCUUCAAGGCGCAGCUCCUGGGAUCCAUGGCGGACGGCAAGAUGGCAUCCAUCACCUUGCAUGACCUCGCGCCCGCGACGUUCAAGCUCAUGCUUCGGUUCAUCUACACCGACUCAGUCCCUGAAGACGGCUUGCUCACCUGGGAUGCUCCAACUGCAACGGAGAAGCUCCAAGAUCUGCUUGCCGUCGCCGACCGCUACGCGCUUGACCGCCUGAAGCUCAUGUGUGCCAGGAGGUUGUGGGAUGAUGUGUCCGCUGAUACGGUUGGUGCAGAAGUUCCCGUCGAUUCUCGGCGAGCUCAGGCUCAGGGUGAAGGUCGGGGCAUAGUGACAUUCAAUCAUAUGCGGACGAUGCGUUCAAUUCGAGACUCGUCGUUAGUAGGGCACGCGCAAUGA